AUGUCGACGGUACACCUGGAUACGUCGAACUAUCCGUUCAAGUUCGAGCCCUUUCUGAGGCAAGAGUACUCGUUUUCGCUGAACCCGGACAGGCCCGUAUGCGAAUUCUACAACGCACGCGAGGGGCCCUCGUCGUGCCCGCGCGGCAACCUGUGCCCGAACAAGCAUGUGCUGCCGAUCUUCCACAACAAAAUCGUGUGUAAGCACUGGCUGCGCGGUCUGUGCAAAAAAAAUGAUCAAUGCGAGUACUUGCACGAGUACAACCUACGGAAGAUGCCCGAAUGCGUGUUUUUCUCGAAGAACGGGUACUGUACGCAGUCACCGGAAUGCCAGUACCUGCACAUUGACCCGAACUCGCGCGUGCAGCUAUGCGAGGAGUACGAGAUGGGUUUCUGCCCCGCGGGGCCCGGAUGCAAAAAGAAGCAUGUUAAGAAGGUGCUGUGCCCGCGGUACGUGACCGGGUUCUGCCCGCUUGGCAAGAUGGAUUGCGACAUGGAACACCCGGCGUUCACGAUCCCGAACGAGCUCAGCAAAACACGAAUCAAGCGCGACGACGAGAUCAAUACCAAGAAACUGGACGAGGAAAAGGAGAGGCGUUUGAACGCGAUCAUCAAUGGAGAGAUAUGA